AUGGCUACCCACUAUGGGCGGCAUCUGGAGCGACUACAGCGCGGCGAACAUUUGGAAGUGAACACCGUAUUGGCAUUAUGUGAGCGUGUUAAAGAUUUAUUUGUUGAAGACGAAAAUGUUGUCCAUGUCUCAUCCCCUGUGGCAGUCUGUGGUGAUAUCCACGGACAAUUUCAUGACCUGCUCGAACUCUUCAAGCUGGCAGGUCAGGCACCUGACACGAAUUACAUCUUUCUCGGUGACUUUGUGGACCGUGGUGCUAUGAGUGUGGAGACUAUAUCACUUUUAUGUGUGCUGAAAGCCUGUUAUUCAGAUCGUAUAACGCUGUUGCGUGGCAAUCAUGAGUCUCGACAGACGACACAGGUCUACGGCUUCCAGAUCGAGUGUAUGAAGAAAUAUGACGGCGACGCGCGUGUUUAUAAGGCUUUUAUGGAACUUUUUGACUUUUUACCGCUGGGGGCUCUCGUUGACAAUAGUCUGUUAUGCCUGCACGGUGGCCUCAGUCCGGCACUACAUCAUUUAGACCAACUGCGGAUGCUUGAUCGCUUCCAGGAGAUUCCUCCUGACGGAAUCUUUGCUGAUAUUGUAUGGUCUGACCCAGACUCCAAGACACUCGGCUUUCAUAUGUCUCCCAGAGGAGCAGGUUAUAUUUUCGGAGAAGACGUGGUGGAAAAGUUUUUGCAUAUGAACAAACUUGCACAUAUGGCCAGAGCCCAUCAGCUCUGCAUGGAAGGAUACCAAGUGCUAUUCCGAGAUACUUUUUCAACAGUUUGGAGCGCACCAAACUACUGUCACCGCUUUGGAAAUCUCGCCGCUGUAAUGGCAGUGGAUGACCAUCUUGAGCGCACCUACAAGACGUUUAAGGAGGCCCCCUCUUCGAGAAACAUUGGCGUAUUAGACAGCAAGGGCACGAGCUCAGACGCAAUUGAUGCCGGCUACUUUACGUAA